GGGCUGGGGGCGGGGACGGGCCGGCCGCUCCCGGGCCGGUGGCGAGCCGGGCCCCGGCGUCCGCUUCCGGCACUCCGGCCGGCGCCCCCGCGGACAUGGACGCGAGCCUGCCGCAGCUGGUGGAGCAGCUCACCACCUCCGGGGAGCCGCAGCUGAGCCCCGAGAAGAUGAAGGAGCUGAAGCGGAUCUGCAAGUCCUCGGAGGAGCAGCUGGGCCACGCCCACCGCCUGCUGAUGACGCAGCUGGGCCGCGAGCACGCCGAGGUCCGCCUCUCGGCCUUCCAGGUGCUGGCCGCGCUCUUCGCCAGGUCGCACCACUUCCGGACGCUGGUGGUCGCCGACUUCCGGGAGCUCCUGGAGCUGACGCUGGGCACGGACUGCGAGCAGCCCCUGCCGCCCCCCAGGGAGGCGGCGCAGAGGCUGCGGCAGGCGGCCGUGCGGGCCGUGGCCGAGUGGAACGAGCGGUUCGGGGGCGCCUACAAGAAGCUGGCCGUGGGCUACCACUUCCUGAGAAACACCAAGAAGGUGGACUUUCAGGACGUGGACGCGAGGACUGUGGCACAGCGGAGGCGGGAGGAGGAGAGGCGGAAGCACUUGGACAAGAUCCACAGAGAGCGAGCCGAGCAGGCCGCCCGGGAGAUGGAAGAUGCGUCUGGAGAGGUGGGGGCCUGCCUGGCGGAAGUGGAGAGCUGCGUCCGGCUGCUGCUGCCCUUUGACCUCGCGCCAGGCCCGCAGGCCAGCUUCCUCCCCGGGGCCCCCGGCCCGCAGGACGAGGAGCAGCCGUGCUGCAGCAGGGACUUGGCGCCCGGUCCUGGGGCGGGGCCGCCCCAGGCCGCCCCCGAGGGCUCCUCGGAAGACGAGGCCGACAGCGACCGCGAAGACUUCGUGCGCAGCCACGGGCUGGGCUCGCGCAAGUACACGCUGGACCUGGAGCUGUCUGCAGACAGCCUGAGGGUUCGGGAGAACGAAGACAACAUGGCUGUCAUCCACGCCGCCCGUGACGCGCUGAAGCUCAUCCGCAACAAGUUCCUGCCGGCCGUGUGCGACUGGGUGCAGCGGUUCACCCGUGCGGAGACCCACGGCGCACACCUGAAGCGCGCCAUCCACCUGAAGACGGAGCUGGAGCUCGCGCUGCGGAAGUGUGGAGAGCUGGACCUUGAGCCCGGGGGAGGGCCGAGGCACAGGAUGCAGGCAUCCGGGGAGGAGGACGAGGACGAAGACGAAGACUUCGUGGAGGUCCCCGAGAAGGAGGGGUAUGAGGCCCACAUCCCUGCCCACCUCUGGCCGGAGUAUGGGCUGGCGCCUGAGGGCCCUCCGCUGACCCCAGAGAAGGACCGCACGGCGCAUGGCGUGCCGGGGAGGACGAGGACGAGGCUGGACGAGGAGGCGUCAGACCCCACCUCUGCUGCCGCCCAGCUGCGGCGGCUUCAGGCCCACCUGCCCCCGCCACCCCCCUCCAGGUGACUCCAGCGGCACCCGCUCGGGCUGGAGGAGGCCCAGAAACUGGCAGCGGAGCGGGCCCGGGCGCCUGUGGUGCCCUUCGGAGUGGACUUGUGCUACUGGGGUGACGAGCAGCUGGCGGCCGGGAAGAUCCUCAAAGCCCCCUCUGAGCACCGCUUCUGGAAGCCCAGUGAGGUGCAGGAGGAGGUGGACAGUGCCCAGGCCUCCGAGGCGCUCCACACCCGCCGCAUCCCCUUCGCUGGGAGCUUUGAGCCCGUGCAGCACCGGUGCCGCGCCCUGAGGCCCGAUGGCCAGCUCUGCCAGCGCCAGGACCGGCUGAAGUGCCCCUUCCACGGCAAGAUCAUCCCCAGAGAUGACCAGGGACAGCCCCUCGACCCCGCGGACAGGGCCCGGGAGCAGCAGCGGCAGCAGAGGAAGCGCCCAGGCUGGCAGGACGCAGAGUUCAUGAGAGACGUGGAGGCGGCCACGGGGGAGGACCUCGGCUCGGCUCGGUGCAGCGGGAAGGGCCGGGGGAGGAAGCGGCAGAAGUACCCCGGCCUCACGGACCUGAAGGGCCAGGCCGACACCGCCCGCACGCGCAUUGGGAAGAAGGUCUUUGCCAAGGCUGCCGUGCGCAGGGUGGUUGCCGCCAUGAACCAGAUGGACCGAAAGAAGCACGAGAAGUUUGCCAACCAGUUUAACUACGCGCUGAACUAGCGGCUGCUGGCGCCAGGGCGCUCGGGCGCACGGUGUGCGGGGCCUGAGCAGCCCGCGGCCUGUCCCAGAGAUGACCGUGCCUGCGGCGGCUGCUUGGGGCCCCAGCCGUGAGCGUGGCCGCGUGCCCCCAAGUUCCUCUCCAGGAGGCGGCACCCGGCGGAGCCUGGGGACCCACACCACGUACAGGCUGUCCACGCAGACACAGGGCAGCGGCCACCGCCCUGCCUCUUCCCAACACGUGGUGCUGGGGCCACGAGGACCCGGAGCUGGCUCGCCUGGGUCUCUGAUGUGUGCGGUGAACCCUGUGCCACACACCCCUCCUCUCGGCGUCACCCCGACAUCUGCGGAUGCACCUUUGGAUGGCCGUGGGCCCGAGCUCUGGCCUGCUCCUGGCUGCCCCACCCCAGCGCCGCGUUUGACGGCUUUCAGGGCCGGGGGUGCAGGUCCCCACCAGCAGCGGCUGAGGGCGCCAGUGCCUCCGUGCCGCCUCGCUCCUCCAGUGCCGCUGGCUGCCCUCAGAACGUCAUUAAAAACUUUCUCUACCUGAUGGAGUGGGAGUGUCGCA